UCAGUCAAGCAAACAAAUGGUCCAAUCAAUAGCUGCUGGACAGAGUCUGCCAUAGGGAGGAUAUCAAUAACACACUAAUACGCUUCAUACACACACAUAAACACGCACAUACACACACACAGACUGGCCAUGGCGCUGGAGAACUCCAUCUUCCCCUCCCGCCCGGACUCGCUCUCCCUGCCUGUGGAGGAGAAGGCGGAGGGAGAAGAGGUGGAGGUGGCCACCGAGGCCACGGCCUCCGCCGGCGUCUUCAACGUGUCGGAGGAGCUGGGCCACGUGGUCACCACCGAGACCACGCCGUCCCCGCCGGCCUCGGCCCAGGUCAACAGGUCCUUCCAGUCCAAGCUGGCUGAGCGGGAGGCCAAAGCCAACCAGCACAGGAAGAAGACCCAGGGCACGGAGAAGGAGAGGGGCCGCUUUGGGUGGGGUCGGACUCGGCGUAAGAGGCAACGCUACGUGGAGAAAAACGGCCGCUGCAACGUGCAGCACGGCAACAUGAGGGAGACCUACCGCUACCUGACCGACAUCUUCACCACGCUGGUGGACCUCAACUGGCGCUGCUCGCUCUUCGUCUUCGUCAUGGCCUACGCUGUCACAUGGCUCUUCUUCGGGGCCAUCUGGUACCUCAUAGCCUACUGCAGGGGUGAUCUGGACCAUCUGGAGGAUGAGACGUGGACGCCGUGCGUCAACAACGUCAACGGCUUCAUCUCGGCCUUCCUGUUCUCCAUCGAGACGGAGACCACCAUCGGCUACGGCCACCGGGUGAUCACGGACCAGUGUCCGGUGGGAACCAUGCUGCUGCUGCUGCAGGCCAUCCUGGGCUCCAUGGUCAACGCCUUCAUGGUCGGCUGCAUGUUUGUGAAAAUCUCGCAGCCCAACAAGCGAGCCGAGACGCUGGUGUUCUCCAAGCACGCCGUCAUUUCUCUGAGAGACGACAAGCUGUGCCUGAUGUUCAGGGUCGGCGACCUCCGCAGCUCGCACAUCGUGGGGGCCAACAUGAGGGCCAAGCUCAUCAAGUCCAAGCAGACUCAAGAGGGUGAGUUCAUCCCUCUGGACCAGACGGACAUCAGCGUGGGCUUCGAGACCGGCGACGACCGCCUCUUCUUGGUCUCGCCGUUGGUGAUCUCCCAUGAGAUCGACUCCUGCUCGGCAUUCUGGGACAUGUCGCAGGCCCAGCUGGAGAAGGAGGACUUUGAGAUCGUGGUCAUCCUGGAGGGAAUGGUGGAAGCCACAGGGAUGACGUGCCAAGCGAGGAGCUCCUAUCUGGCGGAGGAGGUGCUGUGGGGUCACCGGUUCAGCCCGAUGAUGUCGCUGGCGGAGGGCUUCUUCGACGUCGACUACGGCGCCUUUCACCACACGUUCGAGGUGGACACGCCCUCCUGCUCGGCCCGGGAGCUGUCGCUGGCCGCCGCCCGACUCGACGCCCACCUGUACUGGUCCAUCUCCAGCAGACUGGACGAGGAGCCCACCCUGGCCAACCAGGCGGCCAAGCAGCCCGACAGCGGCUCGGCCAACAGCAAGGGCGGCGAGCCCACCUUCAUCGUCGGGGAGAUGACCGACAUCCAGGAGCAGUCGGGGCCGGGCGAGCUGAACGGCAGCGUCACCACCGAUCAAUCGGAAUCCGAGGCCUAGAACAGAGGAAUGUUUACACAGACCUGCAGUAUAUCUCCGCCACAUCACAGUUACUGUUCGCAGACCUUUUCUUUCCAGGCAGACGAGUACCGGUAGUUUCAUUAGGCUGAGUUCUGCACCAAACGCCAUAUCUUACGUUACCUUAAGAGAGAGUCUCUUUCUUGAUAUUUUGUCCUUUCUUUGUACGUUUGUCUUUGUUACACGUGUACUGUAUGUGUACUCUUAUUUCUUUGGUUUGUUGUGUUAGCUCCAAUCACCCUUGCCUAUAUCUAUAUUUAAAUGACAAUACUAUGCUUUCGAUGGGGUCGACAGAAGUGGACCGAAGCAGAAUGUUAACCAGAAAAGAGAGACGACAAGGUGUGCAGAGUGUAUGGAUUGUUGGCUUUUAAAAUAGGUACAGUGCAUAGAUGCUUUAUUUUCACCUGCACACUACUAGAUAGUAAAGAGGUUCAGACUGUAGAGACCUCGCAUUUCCUAGAUGCAAAGAUUGUCCUUGGAUCUU